AUGAAAAUUUAUAAAGAGACUCAUACUCUCUACAUAAAGGGGACUUUUGUAGAAGAUUUGGAUCCUGAGCUAAAGACUUUAGAGAGCUCUGAAGCUUUAAGAUUCUUGAAGCUCCACCUAGGCACCACUGAUGGCGAAUCCUUGCUGCCUAGUCGUUGCUAUUGGACCUUCACCCAACCAUCGCCUAUGGACCUCCGUCAAGCCGACAUCGAUGGGCCUCUGCCCGACAUUGAUUGUUUGCUAACCAUGGCUACUAAGACAUUUAAUGAAGGAAGAGCAACUCUGGAAAAAUUUGUCUCUAAAAUCAAGACUGCUGUUGGUUUACAUGUUUUGGUAGAAGCUAUCGGAAUUGGCAAGGGGACACAGGACCUUACUGGAGUGGCGUUGGAUCAUGUUAGAGCAAACCCAGCUAUUUCUCUUCAUCCUGAGAUACCUGUUGGGAGAGCAUGCUCCUCCCUGACAUCUGCGGAUAUCAUCAAGUUUCUUACAGGAGAUUUCAGGCUAAGCAAGGCUAGGUCAAAUGAUCUCUUCUGGGAGGCUGUUUGGCCCCGUUUGCUGGCAAGGGGAUGGCAUUCCGAGCAGCCAAGAGACCAUGGCUCUUUGCGUUUUAAGAACUCUCUCGUAUUUCUUGUUCCCGGGGUUAAGAAGUUCUCAAGGAAGAGGCUUGUAAAGGGAACCCAUUUUUUUGACUCUGUAAGUGAUGUAUUAAGCAAAGUGGCUUCAGACCCAAAGCUUCUUGAGUUGGAUGUUGAAGAAGUGAAAAGUGGUAGCAGGGUUAAAGAAGGAAAUGGAUGGGAUGCAGAUGCCAAGGUAUGCCAAAAUGGUUCUUCCUCCAAUCGACUGCGUCAUUGCUACCUGCAUCCACGGCGUCCAAGUUGCAACUCUGAGCGUAUGAAAUUUACUGUUGUGGACACCAGUUUGGUUCCAAGAGAAGGAUCUUUCAAGGUGAUGGAAGUAAGGAGUUUACCCUUAGGCGUCAACUCCAGCUAUGACCCCUUCGCUGAUUCUCAGGAAUCUAGGAGUGAGAGCUCAUCGGAAACAGGGGAUUCUACUGAUAUUUCUGAUGCUGAAGAUGACUCCAAUUCUGGUGCAUUCGUUGAGAAGAAACCAGAAGAUAAUGGGACAACUCAGUUUGAACUGCCUAGAAGUUUAAUACCUUUCCCAAAUGCUGCUACUUCUAAUGGAUUUGCUCUCGAUGAUAAACAUUUUGUUAGGUUGAAAGAUGAUACAACAGUGGAACUAAGGUGUCAAAACAGCUGGAGGGUAAGAUCUGGCCAAGCAAACUGUUCCGCUCCCACAAUUAAGCGGAGGAAUCUGACUGCUUGUAAUAGGGGAACUGAUCGUCGCGUUUGUUCUGUUAUUAAAAAUAUUCAACUAGAUAAGCGGGAGAUCUCAAAAGCUGUUCGCACUAAAGCUGCUGGUACUUUUUUUCCUGAUGCAAGUCCAUUCCAAGAGAAAACAAACCUUUACCAUAAUUUUAUGAGCAAAGAAGUGAAUGGCCUUGCGGGCAUGAAAAAUCUACCUGAGGAUAAGCUGAAAUCCCGAACUUCUUUUGACCUCAACAAUCUUCCGCCUGAUGCAGUUGUUGCUGAAUCCUCAAGUAAUGAGUUUAAAACUGAAGACUUGCCUCAAUCUUCAGCAGGGAAACAGCAUGUUGGUAACGAAGUAUCAAUACAAAACUCCAAUUAUGUUCCUGCUGAUGAGCACCCAUCAACUGGGAUACGAAGGCAAAGCACGAGGAACCGGCCUCCUACUGCAAAAGCAUUGGAAGCUCUUGCAAGUGGGCUUCUUGGCACAAAGCGGUCAUGGAGACCGUCUAAUUCAAUUGGCAGGCCAACUCGAAAGGCUAGGAAAACAUACAAGCCAGCGUCUGUGGCAGCGGCAAACCCCAGUAAUCUUCCAUCUAGCAGCUUAAGCAUGCGUGUUCCAGAAAUAGUUAGCAAGGAUUAUGUUGAGUCUACAAGCAAAGGGACUCGUGAGCUUCUUGGUGUACCUUAGCAUAGCAGGUUUUGCAGAAGCUCUUGAGACUGGAACCUAGCCUCUUUUGUCCAGGUAAAAUAUCAGGUGACCGAGAGCUGAUGGUCAUUGUUGCAAUAUAAGUGACUGAAAAUUAAUCUUGAAAUGAAACCAGAAUUUGUUAGGGUUAGUGAUUCUCAUUUCGAAGCGGUUGGAACUGACGUCCUCAUUUUUUAAUGAAAUGUAGUUCUGAGCUCGAAGGUAAUCAUGAGAGAAAUUUGAUCUGCUGUCUUAUUAAUGUUUCUGUUCAUUAUGAGAUUGAAUCAAUUCAGACGGCGAUUGCUCAACAAAAAGCUGUCUAUCGACCUGUUUAUGACUUGUGGAUACCCAACAUGUGAAAUUUCAUACGAAUGCGUUGCCAAAUAAUAGUAUCAUGCUUAUUGUGUGGGUUGCCAACA